AUGUCCCGAUUGCUAUCAAAAACCCUAAUUCCCUCCGGGAGAUUCUUCCUCCGUAGUCGUUUCAACGAACCGGCGAUUGCCACUGCGCCGUCAAACUUCGUCUGUUUCAACCGCCGUCGGUUUUCGUCAAAGCCUCAGCUCAUCGAGAUCGAUCUCGAUUCAUAUGCAUCUUCAAAAGCAGAGGCCGAAGCAGCGAUUCUCAAGAAGCUAAACGAAUUCGUUCGUAGGAUCAUUGUUCAUAAUUCGACUCCAGAUUGGCUUCCUUUCUCCCCUGGCUCUUCCUUCUGGGUUCCUCCGCAUAACAACACGGCCGAGAAAAUCGCGAAUCUGGUCGAUAAAGUGACGAAUCCGUUGACGGAGGAAGAAUCUUACUCUCUUUCGUCUCCUAAUGGCUGGCCUUGUUCCUCUUUCUUCAUUUCUCCAGAUGAUGAUUCAUCAUCUACGCAAGAGGUAGAAGAUAGGAUGGAGUUGAACAUCCCGAGGAACGAGAUGCUGGAAGUGAAGCUAGCGCAGUUUCCGGAUCCGAUUUACUUACUAAAACACGGAGACGAUGAAGAGUAA